CGUGGAGUUGAACCUCGCUAUAGUUGGCGCUGCGCAAAGCGCGCUUGUGAGCUCAUGUGACUUUAACUUCACCCCUGUCUCCUUACCAGCGUGCGCUGAUGCGUCGUAUAUGCGGCCCACGAGCGAAGGUCUGCGCAUGGAACAGUCAAGCUCCUGAUGUUGAUAGCUCACAACAAGCCGCCCGCGCACAGUAUCCCUGGACUCACUACCUUGGUAUCUUCUCCUCUCGCUGUCGUUCUUUAGAUAUUUGCUGUGCAUUGUAGACCAGAUGUGAUGUUCGUACCAUCGAUCCUGCUCGACCUCUCCUUCAUUUCUGAGAGUCCGUAAUCGGCGUACAGUGCUCGGCCCUCAGACUGCGACUUGAUUUUCACUCCAGAAACAAAUCACCGCACACCGCACAAUGUUGCAUUCCCAGCAGCCUCAUGGCUGCAUCAACUCGAUCCCGUCUCUUCCAUCACACUCAGUAGCCCACUACAACUCCACCAAGCUUUUUAAUUCCAUCUUAACUCCACCGACCGUUACGAUUCGCAUCGAAGUCGCCUUCACCUCGGAUCCUAAUAUGGCGUACUUGUCCACAGAUCCUUUCGACGCAACCUCAACGUCACCAACACCAUUCGGGCGACCACCCCGGACCAUCUCAGGGAACCAGAUCAGCUCGCCUGGAUUACGAACUUUUCGUCGAGCGAACGCAGAGCUGCAGGCUGAGCUCAAGUACGGGUCUGUGCAAUGGGAUGAUGAGGAUAGCUUCUACUCUCGACCAACAUCUCGAGACAAAGACUCGAAAUCAACGUCGGCGCAGCAACAGAGUCGAAGUCCCGAAGGUGAAGUUGAUGUCUUUGAAGUACAGCGCCAUUCAGACUCGACUCCAAACCCUCGUCAGCUUGACGAAGACGACCUUGCAAACCAGCUCGGGUCACUAGGCCACUCACCGACAAACGACAACUCCCUCAGCAAUUCACCUCUUCCCAAACCCACACUUACAUCUACGCUCCCACGAGCUGUGAAUAUCAACAACCCCAAGCGCAUACGAUCCCCACUGCUAUCUCCACAAAGCGACCCUCGCCAUCUCUUUGGAUCAGAAGACACGCAUCUGCCCUGGGUCCGGAAGUUGAGCCCGAAUCGAUUUUCGAUGACCGUAUCGCCAGAUAGCCUGCCGCGUGGUUUCCUACCACCAAAGAGUGUGUGGGAAGCUGAGGAUGAUGAGUUCGAUCGGUGGCCAACACCCGUGCAGGCACGGGAGGAAUUGAACACCGUUCGACGGAACGCGACGACGAAGCGGAACACUUUCAUCAAGCCUGAAGGGCCGCAACUGAGCGUUGCAGAGCAGAUCGCCGAGGCUGUAGAAACGUCGAUGGGUGAUAGCACUCGUACCACAGACGAGCAGCAACAGACAAUCCUUGAGCUCGAAGACAUGGACUGCGGCAACCCCUGGGGCCGGGACGCCCACGACUCCAUCAUCGCCCCGUUGCGCUCUCGCGACUACACCGUACUCCCCGCUCACGCACCAGCACGACAUAUGCACGUCCUGGACGCCAAAGCCUACACCUCCACCACUGACCCCGUCAUCAAAACCGCGCGCCCGCGGCUUUGCGACGCGGUGGCCACGGUGCUGGCGUACACGAGCCCCGAGUGUCUGGAAGCGUUUCUGAACCCUGAAGUGGAGGUGUUCGAGUGGCGACGUCUGGGGAACUGCGUUAUGAUCCGGCGCGAGCGGAAUGAGGUUUUUGUUGGGAACUACUACAAUUUUGGGACCAUGUACCAGUGGGGCUUCCUCGUUCGCUCGACCAUUGACGGCGACAGGGCUUGGUCUGAGACAUGGGCAUCAGUAUCGCAGGGCACUACUCCAGUUGGGAAAGAGCGCGUGCUGUUUGAGCAAUUCGAGGCUGAGGGCACAGACUGGGAUGUUGAGCCGGAUGAUGAGGAGUUUGCGUUGUAUGUGGGGCGUGAACUUGCUCAUUUCUUGCUGCGCUGGGAAGUGUGGAAUUAUAACAAAUGGUGGCGGUAUAAGGUCGAGUGGGAGGCUGAUGGGAAGGUUACGAACGCGCGGGACAGGAAUCGGUACCCAGCCGGACUGACGUUCGAUUAAGCUCCGGGUGCUGUAAGCGGUGGAUGAUGUCUACUAUUCAUUUCUCCGCUUUCGUCUUCUUGGGGCUGGGCUCGUUUUCCUCUACUUCCGUGAUAACGAAGCUUGUGCAGUAGCCGGCUGCAACCUUGGUGAUC